AUGAAGCUCUUCCUCCUCUUAGUAGUUGGGAGUGUUUCGGUGGCCUUCACGAGCUCGCAGAGUACCACGAUAGAACCUAUACUUCUAAAUAAUAUCUUCGGCACACCCCCAACGCCUACUCCUGGGUUCGGGCCCUCGACGAAAGGGCUUGAGGACAUCAUCGUGAGCUCCACAGAAGGCAUUUCGACUCUAGUGGACAAGGAAGGUAGAAGCUGCCAAUGUGUACCUUACUAUCUCUGCGAUUCUAACAAUGUUGGAGUCGAUGUGAACAAUCCCAACAUUACUGGAUUUGGAGAGCUGGAUGUCAGGUUUGGUGAAGACAAUGAGAUAACGUGCCAGGAGUCCGUUGAGAUCUGCUGUACCAUCCCCGCGGACCCUGAAAAACCGAAGCCUAAACCUGAUCCGACAAAGCUGAAGGGGUGUGGGUACAGGAACCCCAAAGGAUUGGGAGUCACUUUUAACGGCGCUCACACUCAAUUCGGUGAAUUCCCAUGGGUGGUGGCUUUGAUGGACUCUAAGAACCUAUCCUAUAUUGGUGUUGGAGUUUUGAUCAAUCCAGAAGUGGUGAUGACCGGAGCCCACGUUAUUUACAAAUAUCCACCAGGCACAAUCAAAAUUCGAGCCGGGGAGUGGGACACACAGACAGAGAAGGAGAUCUUUGGUUAUGAAGAAAGAGCAGUAAAAGAAACUUACAUUCACAGCAAUUUCAAUCACAAAAAUUUACAAAACGAUAUUGCUCUCCUACGCCUGGAGCGGCCCUUGGAGCUGACAGAACACAUCAACGUCAUAUGCAUGCCGGAGCAGAACGAGGUCUUUGACAGUCACAAGAACUGCAUCGCUAACGGAUGGGGGAAGGAUGUUUUCGGUCUGAAAGGCCGUUACGCCGUGAUCCUCAAGAAAGUGGAAGUAGACAUGGUGCCCCAUAGCCGCUGCUCUGCGCUGCUGAAGAAGACCAGGCUUGGAGCUAACUUCAAGCUUCAUAACAGCUUCGUGUGUGCUGGUGGAGAAGAGGGCAAGGAUACCUGCCAGGGUGAUGGUGGCGCCCCCCUGGUGUGUCCUACAGGCAACGAUCGGUACAAGCUGACGGGGCUCGUGGCUUGGGGUAUCGGCUGUGGGGAGAAGAAUGUACCAGCUGCUUAUACCAACGUACCCAUGUACAGGGACUGGGUUGACAAGAAACUGGAGGAUUGGGGAUUACUCGUGACGUCAUACAUUAAAGAAAUUAAUUAA